GCGCGUGUGAGCGAGGCGGGCGAGCGUCGGCUGGUGCUGUUCUUCGCGUGGCUCACGGCGCGGCCGCGUCACAUACACAAGUACGCGCGCCUCUUCACUGCGCUGGGCCUGGACAUGCUCGUCGUCAGGAUCUUCCCUCUGGACGCCAUGCACCCCAGCUCUGGCACCCAGGUGGUGGCAGAACAAGUCUGUAACUUCCUACGCAGGCGCCAGCAGUACGAGAAGUACUUGGUGUUCGGCUGCAGUGCUGGAGCUUACCUCUUCUGUGAGGUGGCGCUACAGGUGCACGCAGAGCCUACGCUGAAGACUGCCGUGUUCGACAAAGUUGUAGGGCAGAUCUACGACAGUCCAGUGGACCUGCGCGGCGUUAGCGUUGGCAUCGCUCACAGCAUUACCUCCAACUCCUUCCUCCAACGCGUCAUCAAGAACUACGUCGAUUGGUUUUUAAAGGCUCGUUAUGACGCCGUCACUCGCCACUACGAGGCGGCGGCACAGCAGAUGUACAGGUGCCCUGUACGCGCCCCUUGUCUCUACCUCUUCUCCGACAACGACCCCAUGAGUCCAGAGGACGUCAACGAGACCAUCUCCGACCUGUGGCGGAGCACAGGUCUUUCUUCACGAGGACGCAAAUUCCACCACCAGACCACUGGACACUGCCUCAACUACCACGUUUACCCUCAGCAAUACAAAGACGAGGUCUACAAGUUCUUCGUCGAAGUUGGCUUCGUCGAACAGGCAGUCGUCGACGAAGCAUUGAAGGCGUGAGCUUCGCGGCAUAAUCGCCCGAUUCUCGUGAUUAAAAUACAAAAUUUCUGCCGUUUUCCAUUGUAGCCAUUGUUUUCCCAUUGCUCGAUGUCUCUGUCAAUCUCAAUAAAAUAAGGGUGUAUGCUGUAAAUUACAUAUGAUUGAGGUAAUUACUUUUCAUAACUGUUCAUACAUGUUAGGUGAUCUUGGCAGCAUUGUAUGCGUCCGUUUCUCACUGUAUGUACAUCGUGAUUACAUGUUACUUCGUGUGAUUUUCAGAUUUUCUGUUUAUAAUUUCUUAAUUUAAACUUUGAAUUUUCAAAAGAUUUCACAACAGACGAAUUUUUAACUAUGGGAACUGUAGACAUUCUUUCCCUGCUAAUCGAAAUAAGUGCAGAAAACUUUUUUUCCAAUUCUGUGGACAAAAUCUUCUAAAAUAUUUUACG